AGCUGCUGGCUGGGCUGCCUGUUGAGUCAGCCUUCUUCCCUCACGGCUCUUCUCCCAGUCCCUGAAACUCGGCUGCCAGGGGAGCUGGAGCCACCUGCGAAGGUGUCCUCCCAUACUGGACCCCUACAGGAAGCUCCGUGUGCCCAGCUGGGGCACAGCCCCAGCUGAUGCCCCAGAGGGGCCACCCAUCGCAAGAGGGGCUUUGGGCUCUGCCCUCCCUCCCCAUGGCGCAUGGGCCAAAGCCUGAGACUGAAGGACUGUUGGACCUCAGCUUCCUGACAGAGGAGGAGCAGGAGGCCAUUGCUGGCGUCCUCCAACGAGAUGCCCACCUGCGCCAGCUGGAGGAGGGGCGGGUCAGCAAGCUCCGGGCCUCAGUGGCAGACCCUGGGCAGCUGAAGAUCCUGACAGGGGACUGGUUCCAGGAAGCACGCUCCCAGCGGCACCACAAUGCCCGCUUCGGCUCUGACCUUGUCCGAGCGUCUAUGCGCAGGAAGAAGAGCACCAGGGGAGACCAGGCUCCAGGCCACGACAGGGAGGCUGAGGCUGCUGUGAAAGAGAAGGAAGAGGGGCCAGAGCCCAGGCUCACCAUUGAUGAGGCCCCUCAGGAGAGGCUCAGGGAGACUGAGGGACCUGAUUUCCCAUCGCCUUCUGUCCCCCUAAAGGCUUCAGAUCCUGAGGAGGCGUCCCAGGCCCAGGAAGAUCCUGGCCAAGGAGACCAACAGGUCUGUGCCAAGGAGGCUGACCCGGAGCUGGAGCCCGCGUCGGGGGGAGAGCAGGAGCCGCGGCCCCAGCAAGCCCAGACCAAGGCCACGUCCCAGAUCCUGGAGAAUGGGGAGGAGGCCCCGGGGCCCGACCCCUCUCUCGACCGCAUGCUCAGCAGCAGCUCCUCGGUGUCCAGCCUUAACUCCUCCACGCUGAGCGGCAGCCAGAUGAGCCUGUCAGGCGACGCGGAGGCGGUGCAGGUCCGCGGCUCCGUGCACUUCGCGCUGCACUACGAGCCGGGCGCCGCCGAGCUGCGCGUGCACGUGAUCCAGUGCCAGGGCCUGGCCGCCGCCCGGCGCCGCCGCUCGGACCCCUACGUCAAAAGCUACCUCCUCCCGGAUAAGCAGAGCAAGCGCAAGACGGCGGUGAAGAAACGGAAUCUGAAUCCGGUUUUCAACGAGACUCUCCGGUACUCUGUCCCGCAGGCCGAGCUUCAGGGCCGCGUGCUGAGCCUGUCUGUGUGGCACCGCGAAAGCCUGGGUCGCAACAUCUUUCUGGGUGAAAUUGAAGUGCCCCUGGACACGUGGGACUGGGGCUCUGAGCCCACCUGGCUCCCCCUGCAGCCCCGGGUCCCACCCUCUCCCGACGACCUUCCGAGCCGCGGGUUACUCGCCCUGUCCCUCAAGUACGUCCCCGCCGGCUCCGAGGGCGCAGGACUGCCCCCGAGCGGGGAGCUGCACUUCUGGGUGAAGGAGGCUCGGGACCUCCUGCCGCUGCGGGCAGGAUCCCUGGACACUUACGUACAAUGCUUCGUGCUGCCUGAUGACAGCCGGGCCAGCCGCCAGUGUACAAGGGUUGUGCGACGCAGCCUCAGCCCUGUGUUCAAUCACACCAUGGUGUACGAUGGCUUUGGGCCUGCUGACCUGCGCCAGGCUUGUGCCGAGCUCUCCCUCUGGGACCAUGGGGCCCUGGCCAACCGCCAGCUGGGGGGCACACGCCUCAGCCUGGGCACCGGCAGCAGCUAUGGGCUGCAGGUGCCCUGGAUGGAUUCCACACCUGAGGAGAAGCAGCUGUGGCAAGCCCUCCUGGAGCAGCCGUGCGAGUGGGUGGAUGGCCUUCUACCCCUCAGAACCAACCUGGCCCCCAGGACGUAGCCCCACCAAGCCUCUCUCUCUGGACCCCCAUCUCAGGGCCUGCCCUUGGCUAAAGUCAAUAAAGUCUAUUCUAAGAGCAA